AUGAAGAGCCUAGCUGAGCCUGCGAUCAGGGCAGUCCAAAAAGGAGACAUCAAGAUCAUCCCUGCCUCUUCCGAAAAGGUCUACUACCACUGGAUGAAGAACAUGAAUGAUUGGUGUCUCUCUCGUCAACUGUGGUUCGGCCACCAAUGCCCGGCCUAUUCUUUCCGCGUCGGAGACGAGGCGAUCGAUCGUGCGGAUAGCAGUAGGUGGGUAGCAGGGCGUACGGAUGGCGAGGCUCGCUGUAAAGCCGAGGCCAAGUUUCCAGGCAAGCAGGUUGCGCUGGAGAGAGAUCCCGACGUUCUCGAUCCCUGGUUCAGCGCAGGUCUUUGGCCAUUCAGCACACUUGGUUGGCCAAAAGAUACGCACGACAUGCAGAAGUUGUUCCCUACUUCUGUCUUUGAAACUGGUUGGGGUAUCCUCUUCUUUUGGGUCGCUCGCAUGAUAUUCUUCUCCAUCUACCUUACGGGUACAGUGCCCUUUAAGGAGGUGUACUGCCACUCGCUUAUUCGCGGUUCAGAGGGUAGAAAGAUGUCCAAAUCGCUUGGCAAUGUCGUCGAUCCAAUCGACAUCAUGGAGGGUAUCUCACUGCAGGCGUUGCACGCAAAGCUGCACGUUGGGAACCUAGAUCCUAAAGAGAUCAAGACAGCAGAGCGAUACCAGAGGACUGCUUUCCCGCAGGGCAUACCCGAGUGUGGUGCUGACGCUCUUCGAAUGGCCCUGAUUGGAUAUACAACCGGAGGUGAGUAUCUGUGCGAUACAUUCCUUGAGAACUCCAAGGCAAUCUUCGAUGAGAAUGCAGAGGCGCAAAAGGAGUCCGCCAAGCAGACGCUUUAUACUGCUAUCGAGGGCGUCUACCAAUGA